GAGCGAGGCCGCCCCCUGCCGGGGACCCCGCGGCCGGGCCGGGUCGGACAGUCGGGCGUGCAGGGUGGCUCUCCAGUUGCCUGUCCUGAACGCUUCAGCUGACCCAGGGAGGGCGCCCCGCUUCCGACCAACCUGCUCGGCCUUAGGGGAGGGGGCUCCCGCGACCCGACCUGCGGCCCGACGCCCGCGCUUGAGAGGAGGGGCCUCCUAGACCCUCUGAUCGUCUGGAACUGACCCGCCUCUGACGGCUCAGCUUGCUCUUAGGAGACAGGCCCCUGGAGCUUGGACUCUGGACCGGCUUGAGGGGGCUUCCGGACCCCUGAUCCCGUCCGGGCCUCGAGCCAGGGAUCUCCGCUGUCUAGGGCGCUGACCGCUGACCCAGGGACCGUCCGUGGCUAGGAGGUCUAGUCGCGGAUGGCUGCUGACAGAGGAGCAGACAGAGAGGUCAGGGCCCAGAGCGAUGUGUGAAAUGGGCACGCAGAGACUAGGGGUGGGGUUCCGGGAGGCUCCAGGUAGCCGUCAACGCGCUGCGAGCUGGCAGACAGCGUGGUCUGGGUGGUAGCGUCCCGCCGGAGUCCUGCGGGGCCCCGCCCCUCCAGGCCCCGCCCCGAGGCGGUGCUUACCCGGGCCCCGCCCCCGGGAGGGUACUUCCGGCGCAGCGGAAUUCCGGGUGCUCUCGCUCGCGGAUACGGCCUGCUGUCGUGGAGGAGGCCCCAUGAGUGCGGCGCCCCUGGUGGGCUACAGCAGCAGCGGCUCGGAGGAUGAGGAUGAGGCAGAGGCCGAGGCCAGGGCCCAGGCGCGGCCAGGGGCUGGAGGCUGCCGGCGUGCCCAGAGCCCCCUUCCCAGCCAGAGGUUGCCAGUACCUGACAGUGUGCUGCACAUGUUCCUAGACACCAAGGAGGAGCCUGAGGAUGACAGGGAAAAACAUGGGGGCCGGGUGCGCACCUUCCCCCAUGAGCGGGGCAACUGGGCCACCCAUGUCUAUGUGCCAUAUGAAACCAGGGAGGAGUUCCUGGGCCUGCUGGACGUGUUGCUGCCCCACGCCCAGACAUACGUGCCCCGGCUGGUGCAGAUGGAGGCGUUCCACCUCAGCCUGUCCCAGAGCGUGGUGCUGCGGCAUCACUGGAUCCUUCCCUUCGUGCAGGCUCUGAAAGACCGCGUGGCCUCCUUCCAGCGAUUCUUCUUUACUGCCAACCGGGUAAAGAUUUAUACCAAUCAAGAGAAAACCAGGACCUUUGUUGGGCUCGAGGUCACCUCCGGGCACGCCCAGUUCCUGGACCUGGUCUCGGAGGUAGACAGAGUCAUGGAGGAAUUUGACCUCACCACUUUCUACCAGGACCCUUCAUUCCACGUCAGUCUGGCCUGGUGUGUGGGUGACGCGCGUCUCCAGCUAGAAGGACGGUGCCUGCGGGAACUACAGGUGGAAGAACAUUGUGGAUGAGUUUGAAGACCCCGAAAUGGUGCUGCGUGCGCACGCUGAGCAGGUCCGCUGCAAGUCUGGGAACAAAUUCUUCUCGAUGCCUUUGAAAUGAGCACCAGAGACCCUCGUCCCAGGCCCCUCUGCAGACCAGGUGUAGAUGGAGGAGCCUGCUCCACGCUGUGGGGAGGCCUGGUCUGGAGGGCAGCCACUGUCCGAUGUCCCUGGGGGCUGGUUUGCUCCUGGCCGGUUUGGGUUGCAGGUCCGGCCCUGCUGUGUGUGGUUGUUGUCAGGAAUCGCCAGUAGAGGGCAGCCUGGGCUUCCUAGUUCGAGGUCUGUGGUCUGUGGUCUGUGGUCCUGCCACGCACAAAAGAAAGUCAGGGUCACCCGGUGAGCCCACCCAACUCAGCCGGCACCCCCACUGUGGCCCCUCCAAUGAACGACCUCUCCCCCACACCCUUUCCCCACCAGCUGUCUGCAUUUGGAGGCCAUUGGCCUCCAUCAGGGUUCUUAAAACCCUCAGGCCCUGGCUCUCCCCCACUCGUGCUGGACAUACAGUGCUUUAAUGGGUCUGUCACCCUCCCUCCCUGAAGCACAUCACUUUAUUUGUUUAUUUGGGCCCCCCCCCACCCCGGUGCCCGCGAAGGCCAUCUCAGGGCCAAGGUGCAGAGCGCUCAUCUGGCUUCAGUAUCAGUUUGCUCCAGCCCUGCUUCCCACUCGCCCCCGCCAGGUGCCUGGGGAGCCUGGGGAGCCGCAGCAGAUGUUUUAUUCUGGACUGGCUGGUGGCUCUGAGCCCCGCCUCCAACGCUGUGUGACCUCUGGCUUCUCAUCGGCUUUCCCAAAGAGGCGGAGGGGCAAGGCCUCCCCCCAAGUUCUCUGCGCUGCCUCUAGCUGCCUGCUGCCUCUAGCCGCCUGCCGUGGGCCGCAGGCAUUCUGAGGGGAGCUUGGAGGAAGGGCCAGGGGGCGCCCAGGUCUUUUAUUUUCUGUUAGGCCUUCACCAGAGCGAAAGACCAGUGCUCUCCCCUUGUCAUCUGCAUCUCUGGUGAUAGAGAAAGAGAUAUUUUUAUGUUAUAGUUUUCAACUAUGUUCAAAUAAAAAUUGCAUUGUUAAUAUUGGA